ACGUCAGGCGGGAACGAGCCAGUAGCCAGGGCCAGACGGGGCGGGUUUCCUGGCGCGCGCGGCAGGAGGGUUCCCGGCGGGAGUCGGUGACUGUGGUUAGUGCCUUGGCCCUACGGGAACGGAAGGGAGCGCGGCGGGGACUGGUGAGUGGAGGGCUCCAUGGUUCCCUGCCUUCUUGAGUUCGUAACCUCCUUCGCUAGUCGUGCUGGGCCCGGAAAGAGUCACCCAGCUGUAUUCUCUACCCCCUCCUCUCCGGUAGCGUGCGCCCGCCUCCCUCACGGGUCGCACCGCGCACACGAACAAGUUCAGGGCUCUCCGGUAGCGACCGCACGCAUGGGAACCUGAGAUAAGGGCUAGCUAGCUCGCGCUGACGUUUGCUGCUGGGCGUUGGCCGGUUUGCGUGACGUCAGAUGUGAGCUAGCCAAUAACUAGGGCCCUGGCGGGCGGGGCUACUGGUGCAUUUGGCGGAAGCGCUUACUGCUGGAGGUGGUGGCUGUAGGAGCUGUCUGAGACCUGUGGACACGGAGAGGAGUGCGGUGGACGGCUGAGACGGAGCCGCUGAGAUCAUGUACCAUGGGGGAACCUAUAUUUUGCUCAGGAUUUGAAGCCAUGGCUUUUCAUGGUUUUGAUUGCUCUGUCUGUGAAUUGGCUCACGGAGUGCGUGCACAGAGGUUGCAACAUACGCCUAGAACAGAUGUUGAUCCCUGCGAAGUGUGGUGCAGCCUGCCAGUUGACCAAUUAAGAGACUAUUGCAACGUUAUUAAAAUACGCAUGUUUUGGCCUUUGCUCUUUGGGAAAACUGAGAGUAGUGGCUUGGGAGUUGAUCGGUGUCCACAGAUCUUAGACCAUUAUUGGAAGACACUCUAUGACAUGGAGCUUGGGGAAUACCUUAUUGACUUACUGGAAAAAGUUGUUAAUGUUCCGCUUUUUAUCCGUGGCAUACUGAAAAUAUGCAGCACAAUAGAGAAUGGUGUCUUUAAUGUCGCAGAUGCGCUUGGCUGGGUCACGUAUACAGGUGAUGUCACUAUUCGGCAAAUGCUGGACAGCCGUUCAGAAAUCGAUUAUGAUGUUUGGAUCUAUUUUCAUAUGUUCUUUACUGCAUGCAAACGUUAUAUUACCAAAGUUGCUUUGGAAGAUUGUAAUUUAAUUGAAGAAUUUAAAACUAUGAUCUGUGAAAACUGUAGGAAGAACAGUGAAGCUAUGAAACAGAAAGGAAAUGAGGAAUUUUCCCAACGAAACUUUGAUCGUGCUAUAAUAUCAUAUAAUAAAGCCAUAGAGCUUUGUCCUACAAACCAUCUGCUGUAUGGAAACCGGGCUAUUUGUUUAAUUCGCACAAAGCAAUACAAGAGAGCCCUUUUUGAUGGAAAAAGAGCCAUUCUUUUGAAGCCUGAUUGGCCAAAGGGUCACUACCAUUUUUGUAAGGCUCUGUCGUUACUGGGUGAACACGAAAUGGCCUUGAAAGCUAACGAGAGAGCUCAAGAACUAUGCAAGAAUAUAUUUGAUGGAUUUCAGGAUCUUAUUCAGCAAAAGGAGUAUUUAAAGAAGACAUUAGAAGAAGCCAAUGGUAGUAAACAGCAGAAACAGAGACCAAAUAAGCCACUUCUUGGGAAAAAAGACUGCAGUUCUUCAGAAUCUGAUUUAAUAUCUCAACAACAAAAAGAAAUAGAAAAAGAGAAGAAGAGAAUACAAUCUCAUCCUAAAGAUUGUCAUCAAAAACAUGAUACCAGGGUCACUGACAUCCAAAGAACAAAAAGCAAAGGUUCAUCUCCAGAGCUUCAAACAAGCCAAAGUCGUCAAAACAAAGGAAGGCCAAAAACCAAGCCUGGUGACUCUGAAAAGAUAAGAGAUCAUCUUGAUAUCAAGACGGAGUCUAAGGCUAUCCAGGAUAAACUUGCCUGUACUGUGCAACAGGUGGAUUUAGCUAUGUUGCCAGAAAAGGUUAAGUCCCUCAUUCAUGAUGGUUAUACAGCCCUGCUGGACCAGCGAUGUCACAGUGCUGAACAAGCCUUUUCACAAUUGUUGAGUAGUCUAAAUCCUUCAGAAUUAAAGCAACUGAAUCUUCAUGUUAUUAAUUAUGUUGUACUCAUCUAUGGGCAUGCCACUGCUCUUCUUGGAAUAGGACAACCUGAGGCAUUGUCAAAGGCUGAAGACCAAUACAAGAAAAUACUUGAGCAGUACCAGGAAGAAAGAUUUGGUUGUUUGGCAUACUAUGGAAUUGGAAAAGUAUACCUCAGGCAAAACAGGUUUUCUGAUGCACUUGAUCAGUUUAUGAAAUCGCAAACAAUGGUUAACCACAGGAUUGUACCUGGAGUGUUAACUUGGCCCACGUCAUCUCAGGUCAUUGAAGAGACACGAAUAGAGAAUUUACAGCUGAUUUUAAAGAAUUGUAUUGAGGAGUGCAAGUUCCCUCCAGAACCAGAUGCAGUUUGUCGAUAUCAGCAAUGUCAUGGCUACUCCAAAAUCCAAAUAUAUUUUACAGAUCCAGACUUUAAGGGUUUUAUAUGUAUUAAUUGCUGUCAGCAGUGUAGAGUGGAAUUUCAUAUUGGCUGUUGGAAAAAGUUGAAAACCACAAACUACAGUGACAAAAAUGAUAAGGAUUUUCUUCAAGAAUUGUGUUUCACUCCCGAUUGUACAGGCCUUAUUUCAAAAAUAGUUAUUUUCAGUUCUACUGGCCUGGUAAAGUGUGAAUUUGAAAAAAAAAUCACAAGACCCAAAGAACUGCCAAGGGCUGUUAUUAAGCAGAAAUGUUCCAGUCUUAGAAAACUAAAAAUGAAACAAGAGAGAAAAUUACGAAGAAAGCAUGCACGAGAAGAGGCACGGAAGUCUGCUAAAGAGAAGAGGGAAGAAAACCAAAUGGGAAAGGAAGCAUCUGAAUACAGUGGUCACAGAGGCUGUGUUCACGAUUUAUACACUGGUGAUCAAGUCCUGCAGCAUAUCAGCAGAAAUGCUGAGCAAAUAAAAACAUCUGUGCAUGAUGCUUCCAAACUAUUGAAGGAAUUGCUUUCAUGGUUUGUAAUCAGUGAGGAGGAUUACACGUUGUAUUCCAAAGCUAGUAGUGUGUCACAUGAAGUGAUGGACCAGCUCAUCAAUUACUUAAUUCAGCAAAAAAACAGAGUGAAAACAAGAGGGUUUAUCCACGUGCUGAGUGAGCUGGAAGAAGUGGAUCUCAAAUUACACAAGUGGCUGACACACCUUAACAACUUAGGUCUGACAGCUACAAAGAACUUUAUCCUUCAAUAUGAACCACUUCUAAAAGAGCUCGACUUUUCUGUUUUAACCACACACUGGAAUGAGAAGUAUGGUAGUAAAUUUGACUAUGUGACAACUAGUUCUGAAGUCAAUGAAAUUUGUGAUUAUUUUUUAAAACCACCCUUAGAGAAAACACGUUGUUUUAUAUGGCUGUUAGAAGACAACAGAGAACAUUUUCCUAGUCUUCACCAAGCUUUAGAUGAAUUUUUUGAUAAAAUGGAUGACCCUACGGUUAUAUUAAAGAAGCAGGGAAAUGAAAAUAUAUUGACUGAUGGUAUUAAAGUUAAAAACAAAAUCAGGAAGAAGAAUACAAAAGACUCAAAGUCUGUUUUAGUAUUAUCCAGUGGAGUUAGUACAGCAGCACGAGAAGAUGAUGAGAUAUUUAUAGAUGAACAUUUUUUAGAUUUUACAGAUCCUUAUGAACCAUUUGCAAUCCCAGAACAUCUUCGUAGGCAGAGAGAAGAAUUUGAAGCUAUUAGGGGAUAUUCAAAUAGUAACAGUUAUAAUCAAAGGAUGUUGGAUCAAACUCGUGAGGUCUUAUAUGAAUACUUCUUUGAACUCUUGAAACACCAUGGCCCUAUGGGAAUUAAUGAGAAAUUGCUAGUUGAGGAAUAUGAACGUUUCCCUGAAGAAGUUCGAAAGAUCGCAGAAGAUGAAGGGGGUCUGAAAUCCUUUCUUCUUAAAUCCUUUCGUUUCGUUAUGGUGGAUGAUCUUAUUGGCUUAAGAAACCAUGCAGGUCUUAAUAAAGAAAAUACAAACAGAACUGAGGUUGGAGAUAAGGAAGAAGAAAGUUCUGAAGAUUGUAAUAUGCAAGAAAAUUCUUCCCAGAACAAGCUACAGUUAAAUCCAGAUGCUAAGGAAUUCAUACCACAGUCUUAUCCUGAGAAUCCCUGCACAUCAACAUCUACUGAUUUAACAGUAGCAUGUUAUAAGCCUCCACAAUGUUUUCCCUGGUCUUUUCAUGCUCCACGUGAAUCUUUGCAUAAUCAGAGUAUUGAUGCCAUAGAAAAUGAGUCCUCCUAUUCUGACAGUUUACAGAACUGUUUUGGUUCUAAAAAUCCCUCUAUAUUUUUGCCUGUGACUUCUUGGGGUUAUCCAUAUACGAGGAUAUUGCCAGUGCGUGUUUCAAUGCCUGCUCUGUCAGGUGUUGCUAAGCAACCUACUUAUAUUUAUGCUGAGGGCGUAGCUUGUCAGGGUAACGAUGAAUCGUCAAUUUCAGACAGAAAGCACCUUCUCAGCAAUUUUAGACCAACUGAAAUACAAACAUCUGAAGACCCUCAGUGCUGGCCAGAGAACUCCAAUAAUACAACUUAUGAAGACAGUUUUGCUGUUACAAGUAGUACAAAUGAAGACAAAUGUGAUAUACAGGUUAUUAAGAAGGAAAAAAAAAGCAGAAGUAUCCCUCUAAUGAAAAGCAAUCCUCAUACAAGGAUGACAGCUGUUCAGGUAAAUCUUGAGGUAGCUGACAAGGAAACAAAUACUUUACCUUUCCAUCCAUUUGAAACACAGCAAGGAGAUAUUCUACGUAUGGAAAAAGAGCAUGGGGUAUUAAAAGAACAACUUAAAGAAGCACAGGACAAACAUGAACAGUUACAAAGUGGAAGCUCUGGGGAAGUCAGUGCUUUGAAAGAGCAACUCAAGAAGAGCGUUGAGAAGACUGAGGUAUCAAAGAAUGAACUGGAUUGGUUUAAUCAAGACUUAGAAAUACAGGUGAAAAAAUGGCAACAGGAGAAAAAAGAAAAUAAGGACAACUUAAAAGCACUGAGGAAUGCAGUUAAGAAGCAUACAGAUACCAAUGAGAGGUAUUCAAAGAUCAUCGAGGAGAAGGAAAAGCAGUACAAGGUAUCUUUAAAUACAUAUCUCGAAACCAGUAAUAAAUUUGCUAGUGAGAAACUAAAAUUGGAAGAGCUUAUAAAAAAGAGUCAAGAUGACUACGAGGAUUGUACGGAGAGAGCUGUUAAAGCAGAGAUAUCAGUACUCAAAAACUGGAAGGAAACUGAGGUACACAAGCUGAAUAGAAUGUCUGCUAAUGCAGAAGCAAAUCUCAAGAUUCUGAAGUUGUGCAGUGGCAACUCGGCUUCAACUGCACAUAAGCUGAAGUCACAGAUUGAUUCCUGGGAAACAUUUGUUUCAAAUGUGAAGAAACAACUGGAAAAAGUAGAGACCGAAUAUGAAGAAAGAAUUCAGAUGGUGAAAAAUGGUGUCCAGAACUGCCUCACCAAAGUGGAAACUGUGGAUCUUCCUUCUCCUCCCAGUGUCUUAGCAAAGCAUGGCAGGCCUCCAGUCAGUGAUCCAGCCAUUGUCAUGUGUUCCUCUACCUCUGCACAUCCUAAUUUACUUCCUGCAUUUUCAAGCUCUGAUGCUCAAGGUCCAACAUGUGCUUCAUUUAAUAUACAGGCCAGAGUCAAGCCUUCCUCUGCAGGUGCUGGAUCACAGAAAACACAAACCAAACCUCCUGCAGGUCCUGGAUCACAGAAAACACAAACCAAACCUCCGGAAGAGAUCUCAGCAGCUUCCCAGCUAGAGAGUUCUGCAAGUAACACUCAGAAUGUCCAGCCAAACCAGAACCAUCAAGCUGUACAACUGAGGGCUUCUGGACUUCCAAAGAACAAAACAAUUCCAAAAGCAUAUGAAAAUAUUAUUGCCCAUCUACAGAGUACAUUCCUGAACCACAGCAGUUCAGACUUUAUUAGCUUCAUAGAAGAUGUACAAAGAAGCAAUGGGAAUACGUUGUCAGGUUUGAGCUUCAGUGAAAUUCUAACCAGAGUGGCAGAACUCAUUCUGGACCAGCAAAGUAAGGCACCAACUUCAGCAGGAAGACCUUUAAGGUCAACAUCCUCUACUGCAUCAGCCUGGAGUCAGCAAGUACCUGCAGUGGAAAAUGCACCCAACCCACCCAAAGCAAGAAACACCUCAAGUAAAAUUCUCUCUCAGCCACGUCUCCAGCCCUGGGGAAAUGUUGGAACAACACCUAAAUCCAAAUGGAAAAAAGCAGACUAUAAUGGUUCCAGUGAGGAUCCUUGCACAAUAUGUCAUGAUGAGCUAGGCGAAGACUUGUGUGAACUAGAAUGUGGGCAUCAUUUCCACGGAGAAUGCAUUAGAAAGUGGCUUAAGCAACAAUCCAGUACCUGCCCUAUCUGCCGCAUCCACGUUCUGCUACCUGAAGACUUUCCUGAGUUUUCUGCACGGAAGAGAUAUGCUUAACCCUUGUUUUAUUUGAACAUGUUAUAGCAAGAUGCAAAGUGACUGCAGAAUAACCACCCUGGUAAGGAAUAAGUACCUAAAGUGACAGAACCACGAUUUUUAUUGGAUUCAUUAGUGGAACUCAGACUGAUUUGGUAUUUAACACUUCACAUUAAGAUGCAAGAGGCUGGUACUGCCAUGGCACCUGCAGAACCAAGUCAGUGUGCUCCAAGAUCCAAGGCUUUUUGGCUAAGGGCUAUGGAAACCAUUGAAUCUGCUUUCCAUAAAGGAUGGUGUGCAGUUACUGUAAAGAGGGGUCUUUUCUUCAUGGCUUAGACUGCACUGCAAAUAAAUUCUUUUAUCAAACACAUAGGUGACCUGAUUGGCAGACUGCUGGAGUUCAACACAGCCAAGACAUUACCUUCCUCUGGCAUAAACCCUAACAAUUUAAAUGCAGGCUUCGAACAGGCUCAUGAUAGUUAUGAAUGCCUUCCCUAGAAUUGCAGCUCCCUUAUCUGCAUCAAUUCCUAGCUAAUAAUUCAAAUAUGACUUCAACAUUCUACUAAAACUUACAAUUUUUAAAUACUUACAUGCUUGCUUUCUUUUUUGUACAUUGAGUGGUUUAAUUCUUUAAUCUCAAAAAUAUGAUUUCAAUUUGUCACUGCCAAAGAGCUGAUUUGCUUAAAUCAUAAUGACAGGAUUUUGAUUUUGGAUGAAGCAACACUGCAUCUGUAUUCUGUGCAUGAAUGUUCACCAACAGUGAGGUACAGAAUACAAACAUCUGAACAGUUACCCUACUGCUUUAAAAGUCUGAGCUUGACAGAGUACCUUUGUCACUGUAAAAUUUGUCUCAAACAGCCAGAAAGCCACGACUAGAGGGCGUACAGGGCAGGGUGUUGCUUGGAUACAAGCAGUGGUAAAUGGAUUAUAUGAGGUGAAGUUCAAUAAUUCUAGGAAUCCUUUGUCCCCUAAAGGCAGUAUGUAACCUCCUGAUGAAGUUGUGAAGUGUUCUGUGAUUAAUCUGUAUGUUAAUUGGCACUUGCAUAAAAAAUAAAGUUAUUACUGCAGCUGC